AUGUGGGACGUCGGAUUCAGCAUCCUGCAGCUAGGCGCGAACCUGCCCCUCGUUGCAGGUGCUCUUGGGGAACUUGUCAAUGCCCUGGCCAAACCCAGGGAUGUGUCAGAUUUCCUUGCCAUGGAAAACCCUAUCUUGAAGCCGUGUGCACUGCAGCUACAUGGCAAAGCUGAAGCGCCGCUUGUGCAGUCGUUGGCAACACAAACAGUGAUUGCGGCGAUGCGCAUCCAGCACUUUGUGCGCAGUUGCCUCACGAAGCUGGGACAGAACCGGUCUUUGCGCGCGGACAGAGCUGCCAGAAAGAUCCAACGCUGCGUGCGGCUGCACCAAAGCAUGCCCAGAGUCCCGUUGACAUGGCAAGGCUUUGAAUUCGGCCAGCUGCUGGGCUCAGGUGCCAGCGCCACUGUGCAUGCCGCAAUCACACCAGACGGCUGGCCCGUUGCGGUCAAGCGGCUCCGUCCCCACCCCAUGGACAUGGACCAGGAAGAGCUCAAGCACGAGCUUCGCAUGCUUUUGCAUUGCGAACACGCAAACUACAUCAUCCAAGCAUAUUACGUCAUCGACAACAUUUGGACUGGGCUAGUCUUGGAGAAGCUUCGAGACAGCCUUUUUCAUUUCGCCGCAGAGCAGUGCAUCUCCGUCGUGGACUUUCUGGCAGCUGCCGGGCAGCUCGCACAGGCUCUACAUUGGCUGCAAGGCUGUGCAGUGGUGCACGGCGAUGUUAAGGCAGCCAAUGUGUUUCUGCAGAGCCUUUCAUGUGAUUGGCCCAGAUCUUUGAAGUUGGGGGACUUUGAAUCCGCUCAGUUUGCCGGGGCUGGACUGCUUACCAAGAAAGUAGGCACAGUUUUCUACUGGUCGCCGGAAAUGCUUGAGGGACGGGGCUACUCCUUCGGCCAUGACGUGUGGAGCCUCGGAAAGCUUCUUGGUGAUCUUCGCUGCGAAGACUUCCGCGCGGAGGCACUAGCCAGGAACAUCCUCGUGCACAAUGCCGAGGAACGGCCUUCGGCCCUCGACGUGGCAUUUCAGGUGCACAGAGUCCAAAGUGCGAUGUGA